ACAGCAGCUCAUCACAUGAUUCUUCUCUUGUGACAAUCCAGACAGAAAGGAAAAGCCUUUCUGACUUCCAGCUGAGUUAUAAGGUGCUGUGAUGACAGAUUACUGUUGUUUUGGUACAAAAGGACCAACUGCGAGGAUGGAAAUGGAGUUAAGUUAACCAUUACCAGGCUGACUCAGACCAUUCCUGUCUUAAAGUGGACAUUUGAUAAAUAUUUGGGUUGUUGCGCCGCCGGGGACAAAGUUGGCGCAUGGAGAGGGACGAAGUUUCAUUUUUGCGCAGCGUCUUUUCUUUGUUUUCUUUGUUUUUGUCGCCACUGCGUGUCAGCCAACGUUGCUCGGCUUCUCGGACAACAGAAGCAAAGUAGCCGGAGUUCAGUUUUGACCCUUUCUGUGGCUGAGGAAUUAAGUUAAGGGAAGAGGACGAGACAACUUGAGGGGACGCAUUACGUCGGGUGAGAUGGUGGACAGCAAACCUCUUCUUCAGGACAGACCUCCCGCCUACAACGCCGUCCCAGGGGCUUAUGAGUACGGCCCGCAACAGCACAGCUAUGGGGCCAUCCCCUCUCCGGCCCCGCCGCCCUACCCGUACCCCGACGGCCAAGGAUACCCAUCAGCCCAAAUGGGCCCGGCCGUAUCCCAGCAGCCCUACGCUGGGACCUACACCAUCCUCCAACCCUCUGUAGUGGUGGUGGGAGGCUGCCCUGCCUGCAGAGUUGGUGUCCUGGAGGAUGACUUCACUUGCCUGGGGAUCCUGUGUGCCAUCUUCUUCUUCCCGCUGGGUAUCCUCUUCUGCUUCGCACUGCGUCAGAGAAGGUGUCCCAACUGUGGCGCGACCUUCGGCUAGAGGGACCAAACCACAGCUCACACACACGCUUGUGCUCGCACGUACACACACACGUACAUACACACACACACACACACACACACACACACACACACACACACACACACACACACACACACAAUCCAGCAUUUUCGUGUCUUUUUUUGUUAUCUUCUCUCUUCUUCUUAAUAUUGCACAUUGCUGUUGCCAUUAUGUUAUGUACAACAAAUGAUCAAGAUAUUACCAUGAAUUAUGAUAUGAGUUUUUAUUAGAGGCACGUGUAGACAUUUUUUUCACCUGCUAGUUGAAGAGUUAUUCGAGCAUAUGUAAGCGUCCAGCUGUUGUCAGUGCCUUCACUACAUGCAGAGUGCGCAUCACAGAUUCCAUCAGUCAUGAUUUCUUCUUCUGUAGAUAAAGCUCAGUCAUUUGAGGAUCUGAGCAGAUUCCUUCAUGUCUAAACAAGCCAGAAUUAACCAAGGCACAUGUAGUGUUUUUGUUGUUUUGCCUGAGGUUUUUUUCUCCUUUUUUUUUUUUUUUUAAAUUAGCUGGCACCCUGCAUACAUAUUUUUUGGUUAAUGUUGUGCUUAGUAACUUAGUAACAGCAUCCAUGUUGAUCACUGAUGUAUUAGCUUUUUCAGGAAAUGCUAAUUUUUUUGUUUUUUUUGUUUUUUUUGGAGUGUGACAUGGAAUAACACAAAAAAAAAAAAAAGAUCCCUGAACAUGAACUGUCCUGGCUGAAACGAUGGACUUGUGUCAGACAGAACGCCUGCAGCAUUUUGUCUGUUUUUGUUGAUAUUAUUCCUUGGGGCCAUAUUUGCACUGACCGUUUGUUUGACGAUUAUUUUGCUGGGUUGUGCUUUUCCAGGGCCAAUACAGACCUCAGGUACAUACAAUCUGAAACGCCCUCGACUUUACAACCUCAAUCACUGUUUGACUUUGGACUUUUACCUACUCUAAGAGAAACUCAUGUCAACAUGUAGACUCGUCCUUUAACGUGCGGAGUUUCACUUCAAGGAAGCAUGCUGAGAGCAAAAGCUGAAGAAAUCUCUUGAUAAUGUGUAUAACCUCUGGAUUUUUAUCUUAGUACUCGACUCUGUGACAAGUCACCCUGCCCCAUUCUUCCCAGCCAGACAAUCAAUCAAUCAAGAAUGUCUAUGUCCUUGUAUCUGCAGUAUCUCCAUGUCUAUGUCUUCCAUCACAGCAAGAUGUUAUAUAACUGUCCGUGGCAGAAGAAAUGAGAUAUAGCUGGGUGGGAGGGAUUUAAAAAAAAAAUUCUUGCUUUAGAAAACACACUACGCACGCUCUUAUGAUUGAGGUUCUUACUUUUUAUAUAUGAGUUACUGUAAUUAAAAAUGAAUGCUACUUA